AUGAAACGGAACACGACGAAUCGUCUCACUGAAGCCUCCUUGCUCAAUCGCUUCCACUCCACAGGCUACAUCAAACCCAGCACGAAUUCGGCGGUAAUUUUCGAAUAUUUUCAAAAAAUGUUCAUUUUUAAGGACGAAUGGGUCACGGCACGAUUCAUAGACGAUCCUUACCACGAAGGAACGUUAUUUCUCGGCGGUGACAAUGGUCACGUCGCCAUUUGCAGCACAGAAUCGCUGUUAAAUGACGGCGGGGUGACAAAAGGUAGGCUUUUUUGGGCCGAAAAAAAUGAGAUAUUUCAAAUUUUCAGUAUUUCGAGCUCAUAAAUGUUGUAUAAUGGAUAUGGUGAGCGUGCCGAACGAUUCCACGAAGUUAUUAACAGUUUCUGGGGAUUCUGAUGUUCGGUAAGAUUCGAAAAAAAUUUUUAAAAAAAGCUCAAAAAAAGCAACAAAAAAAUUGUUUGAUCACUUAAUAACCUAAGAAAUUUUUACGAAAUUAUGUUUAACUUUUUAAUUUUUAAUAAAAUACUGAUUUUUUUCAGAUGCUGGGACAUUGAAGCGUUGGGAUCUUCAAAAUUAUUUUUUUGGUCAUGA